AUGGAGGCGGAGACGGGAGGGACGAGGCCCGCGGCGGCGGAGGCGAUGAAGAAGGCGAAGAAGGACGGGGUGGUCAAGGAGGUGAUACGGCUCGAGCGCGAGUCCGUCAUCCCCAUCCUCAAGCCCAAGCUCGUCAUGAAGCUCAGCUACCUCAUCGAGCGUGAGAAUGACCGUGCUGAGUUCAUGAAGCUAUGUAAGAGGGUGGAGUACACAAUCCGUGCUUGGUACCUUCUGCAGUUUGAUGAUCUAAUACAACUGUUUUCUUUAUUCGAUCCUGUUAAUAAUGGCGAGAAGAGUUUGGAGCAGCAGGGCAUGACAUCCAAUGAGCUUGACACUUUAGAACUCAAUUUCUUAACCUACCUUUUUCAGAUUAUGGAAAAGAGCAACUUCAAGUUGUUAUCUGACGAAGAGUAUGAGGUAGCGCAGUCUGGUCAGUAUCUUCUAAACCUCCCGAUCAAGGUUGAUGAAUCCAAGGUAGACAGCAAGUUAUUGACAAGGUACUUUAGGGAGCACCCACAUGACAAUCUACCAGCAUUUGCUAAUAAGUAUAUUAUCUUCCGUCGGGGCAUUGGAAUUGAUCGGACAACUGACUACUUCUUCAUGGAAAAAGUGGAUGUCAUCAUAUCUCGAGUAUGGAGGUCAUUGCUUCGAAUCACAAGCAUAAAGAAUCUAUUAAGAAAAAUGACAAUUCAAGAGCCUACAUUUGAAAGGAUGAUCGUGGUGUAUAGGAGGGCUAGCUCAGAAAGUAAGCCAGAUCGAGGGAUAUUUGUAAAGCACUUCAAGCACAUUCCGAUGGCCGAUAUGGAGUUAGUCCUGCCAGAGAAGAAAAACCCUAGUUUAACACCGAUGGAUUGGGUUACAUUUCUAAUUUCUGCUGUGAUUGGUUUGGUCACUCUAAUAGGUAGUCUAGAAAUGCCAAAGGCUGACAUAUGGGUUGUCACAGCUAUCUUAUCUGGUCUGAUUGGAUACUGUGCGAAGACAUACUUCACAUUCCAAGCAAAUAUGGUUGGAUACCAAAACUUGAUUACAAAGUCAAUGUAUGAUAAGCAGCUUGAUAGUGGAAGAGGAACACUUCUUCACUUGUGUGAUGAUGUGAUCCAGCAAGAAGUUAAGGAGGUUAUCAUUUCUUACUAUAUUUUGAUGGAGCAAGGAAAGGCCACUGUACAGGAUCUUGAUUUACGUUGCGAACAGCUCAUCAAAGAAGAGUUUGGUAUGGAGUGCAAUUUUGAUGUCGUGGAUGCUGUAAAGAAGCUAGAGAAACUCGGUAUUGUUUCUCGGGACUCAAUCGGGAGGAUCCUAUGUGUUCCAUUGAAGCGCGCAAAUGAGAUCAUAGGGACAACUACUGAAGAAAAGGUGAUGCGAGCCCAGCAAGCCCCUGCUGGUUCAUAA